CGGCAGCGUUACGGUAUCGUGAAUUUGGAUGACAAGUUUUUACAGAAUAUCCACCUUUGACGUGUUGUUUUCCGAUUUAUAUGAAGAAAGACUGAAAUAAAAGUGAAACCAUGGACUGCUGAAAUUUUUUUUCAAAGUGAAGAGGAAGUCGACAACAGGUGCCAUCCUGUACGUUUUAGAUCUUCAGGCCAUCCUGACUGACACAGCAUCCAAUCAAUUAAGAUGGAGUUCCAACACAGUGCCAGCAUGGCAAGUCUGCCGAGCAUUGCUGGCUUUAGUGAACCCAUAAGUGAAGCUGAAGAAAUUGAAAGUGUCAAAAGACUACAGCAGGAAGGUGAUGCAGCGUUCCGCAAUAAAGAUUUUGCUACUGCAGCAGCAUGUUACGGAGAAGCUUUAGAAAUAGACACAGAUAAUGCACAGCUACUGGCCAGACGAGCUGUCUCCAACAUUGAGCUCAGAGAGUACGCUGAAGCAAGAAAAGAUGCAGAGAAUUUGAUCAAGUUAAACCCUCAUGUACCUCAGGGACAUUAUCUCUUAGCUGUGAGUCUUGAUAACCUGCAGUUCUAUGGCUUAGCCAUAAGUGCCUUCUUAAAUGCCUUACAUUAUGAUGUCAAUCACCGGGAUAGACUCGCAGAUAAUGUUGCUGUAGUCGCCGCUAAUCUCUGCAACUUUCCUGAAGAGACUCUUCAGAAGUUUGUCGGGUUGUCACCUGCGGAAAAACUGCUAGAGGUUGGAGCCAACCUAAAACAAGCCAAACAGAAUGUGAUAUGCAUUGAGGUGUUACAGAGUGCCCUUGAUCUAAAAACCCUAGAUGAACACUGCCAACAGAGGGCGAUAUACAACAUCGGAGCGGCACACGCUGGGAAAAAGGAUUAUGAAUCCGCGAAAGACUACUACAAGCAGGGUCUGUCUAUUGCGCUGAAACUGAAGAACCAAAGCUAUGAGGCUGAAAUCUACUGUAGACUGUCUGAAGUGUAUCUCCAAGAUGGUAACCUGGACCAAGGAAUUGUCUACUAUGAGAAACUACUCUCAAUCUGCAAAGACUUAGAGUUGAUAGAAAAUAAAGAGGCGGAGUUUCCUGAGUAUCUUGAUGAAAAUCUGCAACGCCUAGUUCAUGAGACUCUUAGUACCGCAUACAAUGCAGUUAGUGAUUUUCCACAUGCUUUGAAGCAUGCUAGAGAGAACUUAAAGGUACUUGCUGCUGAUGGAACUGACGGAAUUAGCAGCAGUGAACUUCUCGGGAAGGCUCACUUCACUGUGGCCUCUUUAUACGAAGCCACAGGAGAUUUUGAACUAUCUCUUGAGAACUUUAAAUCUUACCUUGCAAUCACAAAAACGUCAAAAGAUCGAGGAGGUAUGGGGAGAUCUUACGGAUGCUUGGGAAGGGUCUACCAUAAGUUAUGUAACUAUGUUCUUGCCCAGAGUCUCUAUGAGCAACAACUGUUCAUAGCAGAGAAAUUGUCUUACCACACCAUGCAGGCCACAGCUCUAAGAAGCCUUGCUAGGAUUCAUGAAGAUUUGGGAGACUCGGACAAAGCUUUGGAGUACCUUCAACGCUUUCUACAGAUCAGCCGCAAACUUGACGAAUUUGAGACCGAAAUCGAAGCUUUUAUUUGUAUGGGUGAAGUUCAUCAGGGGCAAGGAAGGCCUCAACAUGCACAACAUUACUUUGAACAAGCUUUAAGUCUUGCAGAACGAGCCAAGGAGAUCGACCUUGCUUACAGUAGUAGAGGUAAACUUGCCCAAGUAUUACUCAUGUCGAGAGAAGAGAAGGAUCUUGAGAAAGCUCGAUUUUUAGCUGAGGAAACUGUUGCUUACUGCAGUCGAGGUCUUGAAGACAGUAAGCAAAGAAAGGAGGAUCUUACAUGUCUUCUUCAACAGAGUAACAGCAUUGUCCAAGUUGCUCUGAAGAAACUCAAAAGACCCUUUGAGGCUCUGGAAUAUGCAGAGACUCAAAUGAGAUGUGAGUUUCUUAAGACGGUAGCGAAGAACAUUGCCAGCGUUGGUGACAGUAGUGAUGCCUUGGAUCAUUCAUUGAACAGUAGUGCAACAGUUGAGGACAUGUGUAAAACUGUCAACAGACAAUCGGCAGUGGUUGUUUAUCUGUCUCUUUGUCGUUCCUGCGUUCUCAGCUGGGUCUUAAGACCUGAAGAAGGCUGUCUAACAAGCAAAGAUCAGACGAUGGUAGACAAUUGUCCCCAGUAUGUCCAAGAACUCUUGUCUUUAGUUAGAGCUUCCUCUAACAAAGACGGAGAGUCAUAUGAGACCGAAUACCGAGCUCUGCCCCUACAGGACUCUAAGAUUCACCAAUUGAAGACUUUAAAUCUUGCCAAGUCUAAAAGAAAAACCAUCAAGGGUAUGUCUUCAUCCCCUAACAGUGAAGAAGAAAAACAAAACUCACUUAAAAUGUCUCCCUCAAGAAAGUUGUAUGAACUUUUGUUUUCUUCAGUUGAGAGUCUACUUAAAGGGGUGAGCUCUGUUGUGAUUGUCGCAGACAAAGUCUUAAGUCAAGUUCCUUUUGAUGCCUUGGAAGAUGAAGAAGGGGGUACAUUUGGUGACAAGUUCCACCUUACCAUUCUCCCUUGUAUUGAAGCUCUCAAAAAUGUUAAAAGCAUGGAGAGAAAAGUUGAUACGCAAGUGCAAACGCAAAGUAGCUCAUCUCAUUUGCAAUCAUCACCGACGCAUCCCAUAUACUUGGAUCACAUGCUUAGAGUUGUCAUUCCGCCCAAAGAGCGCCCCCAUUCAAUCAUCGCAGAACGCAAUCUUUAUGCCCCCAAAAUGUCCCAAAAUAGUGCCAAACCAAGCUAUGUCAGUUUCGACAGCAACUCUUACUAUAUUUCUAAGAGCCCAAAGAAUGAAGUUGCUCUGAUGGAGAAGCGAUUUCUUGAGGAUAGAGAGGGAACCAGUAGCACUCUUAUUUCUAACACCUGGAGUGGCCAUAAUCUAAACUCGGCAAACCAUGGGAAGAUUCAAGAGUACCAGCUUCAGAGUGUACAGCAAAGAGCUCUAGUCGUCGGAAAUCCUGAACUGCCUGCAAAGUUGAAACUCCAUGGGAAGGUUUGGGAACCACUUUCUGAGUUGAAGAGUGCACAAGCAGAGGCUCACAAGGUUGCCCACCAGUUAGACACAGAGGUCAUGGUGGGUUCAAAGGUCACCAAGGAGUCGCUACUGUCUGAGCUUCCCAAAGCAACAUUGGUGCAUCUUGCAAUGUAUGGUUCCUGGGAACAAGGUAGCCUAGCCUGUACACCAAACCCAACCACUCAACCUCUUCCUGAUGGUUCAUAUAACCAGAGUGCAUACAUGAUUGGAGUAGAUGACAUCCUUGGUUUGAAACUCCAGGCUAAGAUGGUUGUGAUGAGCUGUUGCUAUGGAAACCGCCACCGAGAUGUCCAAUUUCAACUUCCUCUAGCGUUCCUUGUUGCAGGUGCGGAGUCAGUUUUAUUUCUCCUGUGGUCGGUACCGGACGUAGUUAAGGAUAAGUUCUGGCAUCAUUUUUACGCUGCUCUUCAAGAAGGCAGCCAUGUGACGGAGGCGGUUGCACAGGCCAAGAGGAGCAUCAGACAAGAUGACAGGUUCACAUCCCCACGAUACUGGGCAGCCUUUUGUAUCCUUGGAGGUGAUCCAUACAUCAAUCUCCUUGAAGUCAAACGUGACAUGCUAGAUCAACUUCUUAACUCAACCGAGUCAUCUUAUCUCAACAGCCAAAAGACUGAUGUGCUCAACAUAAGAAAAGAAUCAAGUCAAGAUGUUCAUUCUCUUUCUCCUGAAGUUGGUGAUGCAGCGUUUCUCUUUGAAAAGAUCAGACAGCACUUGUCUGGUCUCCUGUUACAUCACUCCAAGCAUCCGGAUGUCAUCUCCCAACUGGGCAAGCUGGUAAACCAUUGCCUGAACCUAAUAGAACCACAGAAUGAGCGACAACCAUCACCGUCUGUACAGCCUCUCCCAGAGUCUUUCAUGACAUCACCAUCAGCCAUUCCACUCCUUAAUCAGAUCGGGUUUCACUUUCAGCCUGGUAGCUCUAGUACUCUGAAUCCUCAGGUUGUCUACCCACAAUGGGACCCUGAUGCAUCGAUUCAACCAGUUCAACAGGCUCUCAUGGGAUUAAAAGAUAUUUGUGAGAAUGGAGAGUGUGCCCACAACCUUGCCAGAGUCUUAGAAGCAAAAGAGCCUCUCCUCUCUGGCCUCAUUGACGUGAUAAGUUUCACCAAGCACAUGCCAGAAGUUCAGCUGAAGGUCAGUGAUACAGGGGUCAGCCACUUGUGGGGUCAUCAUCAAGCGAGGGCACUGUUGGUCAGCCUUGGUUUUUCUCAGGUCAACCAGCUUCUGAUGUUUGACGGCACAACUGCUAAUAAGACUCUUUUAAAUGCUGCUCUUCUGGUUCUCUGUUCCGUCAUGGGUGAAAAGGGACGAGCCAUGCUACACCGUCUUGACAUCCGUUACCUUGGCAUCAGCACCAAAUCACCCAUCACCCGCUCAGCUCAUAAGACCCCAAUCAAGUCUGCAAUGAGGUCAGCAAGUACGAUUCGAACUCUGACCCCAAACAUGUUGAGGUCACGUACUCCUACAGCUGUGAGGCUGCGGACGGCACCUGUCAUCAAUGCUGAUCCAAGUCCAAUGAAAUCACUACCGUCAUUAAAUCCAGUCCAAGUUUCCAAGGAAAAGCUGAAAUUUUCAACCCCAUGGUGGAGCCAAUCUGUGAAGUCACCAGAGAUGAAGGACAAGAUGAGACUAGCAAGAAGCUUAAGUGAUCUUCAUUUGGAAUAUGGCCGCCACGUCAAACACGCUCGUCACUGGCACGUUGACUCAGUCACACCACAAGCUCAGAAAUCCUUAUCAGCUAUUGGUCGACCCAAGCCCCACCCACAGGUCGUCAAGGUCAAGGCUGGUACUACGCCAUCAUGCAAUCGGGAACCAGUGAACCAGGCUGUGGAGUUGAGCAUGGAGGCCGUUGAUCAGAGGAGAGAUUAUGGACAUUUCUUGUUGCAUGCUCGGAAUUCCGAUAUACAGAAACGUCAUGUGGAUGCUGUGCAGAAACUCUUCCAGCCUUAUGUCAGUAGAAAAUCAGCCCAUACUAAAUAACUGAAUCAAAUAUUUUCAUUACUCUAUUUAGGCAAGGUGCUGUUCUCGAGUGUUUAAAUUCUCAGUGGUCCAGAGACCCUAUCGGAGGAAGGGCUUAAUAUUGAAUUAUUUAAAACCCUACCAAAAGGGAAGUUUUAUCAAAGUAUAUUAUCUUAUUUUACUAUUUGCUUUGAUAUCAUGAAAUGCAACAGUAAACAAUUCUCCAAUUCAAAACGACCAAAAUAAUUUGCGUAUAUAAUAUAUUGUUUGUGUAUUUAAUUCAAUGAUUAUGCACUUUUGAAAACCAAGCUCUGUCGAGGACUUUUGUCACUUAGCAUUUUAAAUUGAUUGAAAAUAUGUUGGUAACUUUUUUGUAUUCUUCCAAUUUACACUGAUCAUGUAUACAAAUUUAUCAGCUUUUCUAGUAUGUGUGCACAAAACUUUAUUUUUGUAUAUACACAUUGAUAUUUAUUUAGUUGUAAAAU